CCAUCACUGUCCCUCAUUCAUUCGCUGCCCUGCCCACCCACAGCCUGGCUGAGUGCUCUCAGGCCUGGGGCUGUUGCGUCUGUAUACAUCUGGGACAGAGGUGGUCAGGCAGGGGAGGCACCUUUGCUACCAGCUUCUCAGGUAGGGCAGGGGGGCAGGGCCAUGUAGGCCAGGGGUUAAACAACAGUGGCCGACUUCCCAGACCGGCCCCGGCCUGCCUGGCUACUCACUAGCACCGUGGAUGCCCCCACGUCCCAGGGCUCCAUCAAGGGCAUCAAGGGCAGUGGGGGAGAUGGGGCAGAGGAGCACACAAAGGGCCUCCCAGUGUCCUGGCCUCUGGCUAACACUGUGUGACCCUAGGACAGCUUUCUCUCUCUGAAUCUCCGCCCACCUGCUGGCUCCCACCCACAGCCCAGUGGUGAAAGGCGCUGAGUAGGCACGAAGUGCCCCUCGCUUCCUGGCCACCAGCAUGGAUGGGCAGCAGGUUCCCUGAGACUGAGCCGACCGCUUCCUGCAGACCCACCUCGAGGCUUGUGUUCUUCUCCUGACUCCCAUGGGGACGUGUUGGUGGGGCCACCCCCCUGUGUGUUCCACACCUCCAGUGUCCCUGACCUGAGUCCUCUUAGAGAGGCACAGGAACCGGUCUGAGUUGUUGGCUGCCUCUGCAGGGGAUGGUGGAGGCUUAACUUGAAGACGACGUCAACAUCACCAGCAGUGUGUGGAGUCACUUGCUGCGGCUGAGCCCGUCCCACGGCCAAGAUGAUCCUGACGCUGCUGCUCGGUCUCGGGGGGCCCCUAGGCUGGGGGCUGCUGGGGGCCUGCGCCAAGGCUUCAGGUAGCAGGCUCUCUGAUCCACAUAGCCCAAGGCCGCCUGCGGUCUGGAGGGCAGAGGCUGAGGAUAUCGGCGGGGACCCCGUCAGACGUAACUGGUGCCCUUACCAGAAGUCUAGGCUGGUCACCUUUGUAGCUGCUUGCAAAACAGAGAAAUUCCUUGUCCACUCGCAGCAGCCAUGUCCACAGGAGACUCCGGACUGCCAGAAAGUCAAAGUCAUGUACCGCAUGAUACACAAGCCGGUGUACAAGGUCAAGCAGAAGGUUCUGGCUUCCGUGGCCUGGAAGUGCUGCCCAGGCUUUUCAGGCCCUGACUGCCGACACUACGAUCCCACGGCAAUCCUUGAGCCCGAAGAUCCAGGGGAUGGCCUCCAGGAGUCUUGGGAUGGGCCAGUCAGCUUUGAACCAGGCCACCUGGCUGCAGAGAUCAGCGACACCAUGGUGCCACAGGAGGAUCUCCAGAACGACAUUCACCAGGUGGCAGACAGCCUCCCAGGCCUGUGGAAGGCGCUGGAAAGCAACGUCACAGCUGCGACCAUGGAGGCAAAUCAGACAGAGCCUGUGUUUCCUGGCAGAUCCCUGGAGCAGGUGCUACUGCCCCACAUGGACGCCUUCCUGCGCGUGCAUUUCAGCCCCAUUUGGAGCAGCUUCAACCAAAGCCUGCACAGCCUCUCCCAGGUCGUAAGAAACCUCUCUCUUGAGGUGGAGGCCAACCAGCAGGCCAUCCGGGGGGUCCAGGAGAGCACGGUGGCCAGAGCUGACUUCCAGGAGCUUGGUGCCAAAUUUGAGACCAAGGUGCAGGACAACGCCCAGAGAGUGGGACAGCUGCGGCAGGACGUGGAGGAGCGCAUGCACGCCCAGCACCUCUCCCUGCAGCAGUCCGUCUCCGAGGUACACGCAGAUGUGGACGCCAAGUUGAAGAGGUUCCUUAAGGCCCAGGGGCCCGUGGGGGCCAACGGCAGCCUGGUCCCCGCGGCGGCGGGGGCAGCGGCAAGGCCGGAGCCCGAGAGCCUGCAGGCCAGGCUGGGCCAGCUGCAGAGGAACCUCUCAGCGCUGCACGCGGCCGCCGGCCGCAGGGAAGAGGAGUUGCGGGGCAUCCUGGCGGACAUGCAGGCCACCCUGGCGCAGCACGUGGAGGAGAUCAAGGAGCUGUACUCGGAAUCCGAUGAGACCUUUGAUCAGAUCAGCCAAGUGGAGCACAAGCUGUUGGAGCUGCAGGUGAACCACACGGCGCUGCGCGAGCUGCGGGUGAUCCUGAUGGAGAAGUCGCUGAUCAUGGAGGAGAACAAGGAGGAGAUGGAGCGGCAGCUCCUGGAGCUCAACCUCACCAUCCAGCACCUGCACGGCACCAACGCCGACCUCAUCAAGUACGUCAAGGACUGCGACUGCCAGAAGCUCUACUUGGACCUGAAUGCCACGCGGGCCCUGGAGGAGGCGCAGGUGGGCCCGGACGAGCGGCGCCGGCUCGAGGGCUCGUCCCUGCAGGCCUUGAGCGACGCCGUGGCCGCCCUGUCGCGGGCGGUGGACGAGCGGCGGGCGGAGGGCGAGCGGGCGCGGGCCGACGGGGCGCGGCUGCGGAGCCAGCUGCGGGCGCUGGACGGCGAGGCGGCGGCGGAGGCGGCGGGGGGCCGCGAUGCGUCGCCGGGGGAGGCCGGCGGGCGGGUCCCCGCCGGGCUGGCGCAGGAGCUGGAGCGCCUGGACGCCGACCUCCAGAGGGUGGGCCGUUGCUGCGAGGCCCCCGGGGUCUCCUCCCUCAACAGCUCCCUGGAGGGCCUGCAGGAGGCGCUGUCCGCCACCGAGCGCGACUUGGAGCAGCACCAGCGCCUCUUCCACAGCCUCUUCGGAAACUUCCAAGGGCUUUUGGCAGUCAACGUCAGCCUGGACCUGGGGAAGCUGCAGGCCAUGCUGAGCAAGAAAGGGAAGAAGCGGCAGAAAGGUCUGGAAGCUUCCCGGAGGAGGGACAGGAAGGAAGCAGAGCCCAGGGCGGAUGCACAUAUCAAAGGGCCCGUGCUUUGGGAAGCAGGCUCCCCUGUGGCCUUCUAUGCCAGCUUUUCAGAAGGGACGACCGCCCUGCAGACAGUGAAGUUCAACACUACCUACGUCAACAUUGGCAGCAGCUACUUCCCCGAACACGGCUACUUCCGAGCCCCCGAGCGCGGGGUCUACCUGUUUGCAGUGAGCAUUGAAUUUGGCCCCGGGCCAGGUACAGGGCAGCUGGUGUUUGGAGGUCACCAUCAGACCCCUGUCGGUUCCACUGAGGAGCGGAAGGGCGGAAGCACGGCAACAACCUUUGCCAUGGCCGAGCUGCAAAAAGGCGAGAGAGUGUGGUUUGAGUUAACCCAGGGAUCCGUAGUAAAGAGACACCCGCCAGGCACGACAUUCGGGGGAUUCCUUAUGUUCAAGACCUGAACACUGGACACGGCCCCGACCAGACGUUUCAGACUCGCCCAGCUCUCCUUGGCCUGGAGCCCUGGCCAGGGGUGGUCUGGAGACCAUCCAGCCGGUCCAGUUCUUCCUGGAAAACUUCUGCAAAGACAAUGUGGUGUAUGUGGCCUCCCUCUAGAUGAGCUGGGUUUCGCUAUUUCUUACUGACAAGAAGCACCGGAAUACUCCUCUCUGGGCAGAACCCGGCCCGGGACGGGUGAACGUUAGCUUGGCGCGCCUUCUGAGGCGGCAUGGCUUGGACUCCGGCUCUCUGCCACACCUGUGUUUUACGGCAUCUUUGGUGUGCUGCUCCUCCUGGGGUUGGAGACUUGAAACCUUUCUCCCGCUUCUUCUCCCUGACCUUAUGCCAGAAAAGCGUUCUUUCCCGGAAGGAACGUUCCACACAGAGGUGACAUUUUGGACAACGUUGGAAACCGGUCUCUACCCACUACAGGGCAGUAGGAGAAAACCAACCUGUUUGGCCUUUACUAGCAACGGGGACAGAGGCCUCAUUGAGUGACCAAAAGAACAAAAUUAUUAUCUUCUCUUCAGUUUUAGUCCUUCUUUGAACUUAUCUGUAGCCUUAAUUUCACUUCUUUUUCUCCUUGCCACCAGAAGAUAAAGGCCAAGCAUGCCAAACAUGAACUAAAAUAUGUACAGCCUUUACCUUUUUUUUUUUUCCCCCACUUCCUCCACUAGCUAAUGAGCGCCCUCAUUCUUAUUAGCAUCUCUCACCAGGAAGGAGGCUGAGGGAGGAAGUGAAGGAAGAUAGUCAAAAUCUUCCUCAAUAAUGAUCAGCUCUGGAAUAAAGCAAUGCCCUUCAAA